AUGAUGGAGCUGAGCUUUGCGUGUGUCUCGCUGCGUGUGUCUCGUUGCUUGACUCCGGUCAGAGAGGGGAAGCGGGGUCGCGUGCACCGUGGAUCUGAACGUAACCUCAGCAACCGCAGUGUCAUGGCGGCCGCAGCAGAUGUAGAGGAGGACGCAUCUCAGCUCACGUUCCCCAAAGAGUUCGAGAGUGCAGAGACCCUGCUGAACUCUGAGGUGCACAUGUUGCUUGAGCACCGGAAGCAGCAGAAUGAGAGCGCGGAGGACGAGCAGGAGCUGAGCGAGGUGUUCAUGAAGACACUGAACUACACGGCACGAUUCAGCCGCUUCAAGAACCGAGAGACCAUCACCGCUGUGAGGAGUUUACUGCUGCAGAAGAAACUUCAUAAAUUUGAAUUGUCGAGUUUAGCAAAUCUGUGUCCAGAGGCAGCAGAGGAGGCCAAGGCCCUGAUACCCAGUCUGGAGGGUCGCUUUGAGGACGAGGAGCUGCAGCAGAUUCUGGACGACAUCCAGACCAAGAGGAGCUUCCAGUACUGA